GAACAGCACACGCCCCUCUGCUCCCUUCCCUCUUCCUGCCAGGGAACAUCGCUGUCCAUCGGGAGGAGUAAUUAAUGGGUUCAUUAUGUAUGAGAGCGGCAUCCCACCACUUGGCUGUCUGGUUUGAACGGAUCCUAUCAGCGCUUCAUUCAUGUUCAGUGUCUGGGAUAUGAUAAAGCUGUUCUUCCUUUUGGAUUUUUCCCUCACCACUCAGAAACCACUAGAGCGACGUGUUAACAGAAGCACCCGGGAAGAGAGGAAAUUCUUCACCUCUGCAGACAGGAGGCUGAGGACGGAAAGUUGUUCAGGAGAAAAGCCAAGGGAAGCAGAAGGUGCUAGAGAACAUCUGUGCUUCUGGAACACACAACAAUGUUAGAGCAGCAUCAUUUGGGAACGUGUGUGAUUGUGAAUUACAGGUGAGCAGAACUUUUCCAGAGCGUAAAACAUCUGCAGGAGUCAUCAGGAUUUCUCACUGCCGAGAGAGCCAAUGAAUUUUUAAUAAGUCCUGAGCACUGUGGUCAGAUCAACUGCUGUUAUCUGAUAAAGGCAAAAUUCACCCUUUGAGUUCCAUAAUCCUACCCAAAUGGAGUCUUCACCUUGCUGUGAACUGUCCUAACUAACACCACGGGAUUAGCGGGCCUGAGAGAUGCUGCAAGAAGGAAGACACAGGGGUGAAAGAGAUCACCACAGCACAGCCGACCAGGCAUUUCGAGAAUGAGAGCUUACCACUCCUCACUGAGCUUCAGCCGACUGCUACCAGAUACAGGUCAAGAAGAGGGGAGGCAGAACAGAGAGCAGCUCCAAACCUCAGACUAGAUCCGAAUGUAACUUCCUGAACCAGGAUGGAGGGGGAAUCUUACCAAAAUGAAACCACGGUCAACGGCACCCCAGUAAAUCACCAGGCUUUGGAACGCCAUGGGCUGUGGGAAGUCAUCACUAUUGCAGCUGUGACGGCUGUGGUCAGCCUGAUGACCAUUGUGGGCAAUGUCUUGGUCAUGGUCUCUUUCAAAGUCAACAGUCAGCUCAAGACAGUUAACAACUAUUACCUGCUCAGCUUGGCCUGUGCAGACCUCAUCAUUGGCAUCUUCUCCAUGAACCUGUACACGACUUACAUCCUCAUGGGUCGCUGGGUUCUCGGAAGUCUGGCUUGCGACCUUUGGCUUGCACUGGACUAUGUCGCCAGCAACGCUUCUGUCAUGAACCUUCUGGUGAUUAGCUUUGACCGUUACUUUUCCAUCACAAGACCACUGACAUACCGAGCCAAGCGUACCCCAAAGAGGGCUGGCAUCAUGAUUGGCUUGGCCUGGCUGAUCUCCUUCCUCCUCUGGGCACCAGCAAUCCUCUGCUGGCAGUACUUGGUUGGGAAGCGGACAGUACCACCCGAUGAGUGCCAGAUCCAGUUCCUCUCCGAGCCCACCAUCACUUUCGGCACUGCCAUCGCUGCCUUCUACAUCCCUGUCUCCGUCAUGACCAUACUCUACUGCCGGAUCUACCGGGAAACAGAGAAGCGAACCAAGGACCUGGCUGACCUCCAAGGUUCCGAUUCUGUGGCAGAAGCCAAGAAAAGAAAGCCGGCUCACAGGACCCUGCUCAGAUCUUUCUUUAACUGCCCUAGACCCAACCUGGCCCAGAGGGAAAGGAAUCAGGCCUCCUGGUCAUCCUCCCGCAGAAGAACCUCAACAACAGGAAAGCCAACUCAGGCCACUGACCUAAGUGCUGACUGGGACAAGGCUGAGCAGGUCACUACCUGUAGCAGCUACCCCUCCUCAGAGGAUGAGGCCAAGUCCACCACUGACCCUGUCUUCCAAGUGGUCUACAAGAGCCAAGCUAAGGAAAGCCCAAGGAAGGAAUUCAGUACGGAAGAGAAGAAGGAAACUUUUGUGAGCGCUCAGACUGAAAACAAUGACUACGACACUCCCAAAUACUUCCUAUCUCCGGCUGCUGCUCACAGACUCAAGAGUCAGAAGUGUGUUGCCUAUAAGUUUCGAUUGGUGGUAAAAGCUGACGGGACCCAGGAGACUAACAAUGGCUGUCGCAAGGUGAAAAUCAUGCCCUGUACCUUCCCGGUGUCCAAAGAUCCUUCACCAAAAGACCUGGAUGCCAACCUCAGUCAUCAAAUGACCAAACGAAAGAGAAUGGUCCUAGUCAAAGAGAGGAAAGCAGCCCAGACCUUGAGUGCCAUUCUCCUGGCCUUCAUUAUCACAUGGACCCCAUACAACAUCAUGGUCCUGGUUUCCACCUUCUGUGACAAGUGCGUCCCUGUCACCCUGUGGCACCUGGGUUACUGGUUGUGCUAUGUCAACAGUACCAUCAACCCCAUCUGCUAUGCUCUCUGCAACAGAACCUUCAGGAAGACCUUUAAGAUGCUGCUCCUCUGCCGGUGGAAAAAGAAAAAAGUGGAAGAGAAAUUGUAUUGGCAAGGGAACAGCAAGCUACUCUGAAUAGUCAGCAAUGCCCCUCAAAAGAAUAACAGCCACAGUCUGGUUUGCUCGUUCUGAAGAACAUCAUCUGCCAUCCCGAGUCCCCAAAGACUUGCCAAGGCUCAAGGUCUCUUGUCAAAUGAAGAGUCACACACAUAGCAAUGUCUGCCAUGUGGAGUGAGUCUUGCCUAUUACCAAGGCAAGACUGAUGCCACUAGAGUUGGCUGGUGAAUCAGAAAGGCAGACUUGGGGCCCUUCUUUGGAAGUACACUUGAGUCAUUGUGGACAAUGACUUUGGGAACUGAUCUGUGAAGGAUAGGACCAGAUGAAAAUCUUCCCCUGUGGCAUUCUGUCGUAGAGCAUUGUGCAAUAUGUAUGUGUCUGUAUGAAAUUGUCUUAUACCAGUGAGAAUCAGGAGAAUGCAAGCCACUGUCACCUCUGGAUGAGAGUGAUAUUCCACUGGGUUCUAAGAAUAUCACUCUUUGUAAUUUAAUCAGCAUUGAUUAUGCAGCUAUCACGUGCUUUGCUUUGUACUGUAGCAUGUUUUUCUGUUUAUAUACAGAAUGAUGCUCUUACUCUCCCUUUCGUAACUAUGACAACCCUGUACCCAGUGAAACCAUGGUGAUUCCCACAGACCAUCAGUCUUUCAGAAUCCUGAGUUAAGAAGGAUGCUGACGCCGAGCGUUGGUGGUGCACGCCUUUAAUCCCAGCACUCGGAAGGCAGAGGCAGGCGGAUCUCUGUGAGUUCAAGGCCGGGGUGGACUGACAGCCUCCAAAACUAUACAGAGAAACCCUGUCUCGUAAAACCAAAAAAAAAAAAAAAAAAAGAAGGAUGCUGACAUUGGCACACUUUGCCACUUUGCACACUUGGUCUCUUAGAGGGGCUUCUAUUCUGCUACUAAUAAUGAUCAAGUUUCCAUACAAUUAUUUUCGUGUUUUACCAAUGAGGUAAACAAAUAUUGUAUAUCCUUUUUGGUGCCCAUUUGGAGUCUUUUAUUAAAUAUGCUGUGUUCUCAGGAGAAACUGAUUGUACAACAGCCCUGUCCAGUAAGGAUCCUCUCCAGGAUAAUGAAUGCUGGGUCUUUUAUGCUGUUUUCAGGGGAGUUGCUUUGUAAUCUCCUCUCAGGACAAGUCAGACACAAAACAUAGAAAACAAAUAGGAUUCCUUUCAUGCUUUCAAAAUUCCUUAAGAGUUUUUGAAGUUCCCAAUCCCCCUCAUCCAGACCCCUAACUCACACACAGACAAUGUACAGAUCACUGUCCUAUGCUGGGAAAGAAGUGUUAUUUGGGCAGACAGAGGGGAAUAUUGUUUCUUUCUUUUCUUCUCCCUUCCCUGCCUCCCUCCCUCCUUUUCUUAUAUGUCUUUCAUAUUUGAAAGAACUGACUUCCUUGCUCAGUCCUAUCUAAAUUCACCCAUAGAAUUGAGGGUUUAGUGCAGCUGGCUAUGGUCCUCAUACAUGACCUCUUUGGGUAGGAGGAGCCCAGUGAUCAGGCACUUGCUUCCACAUGCAUGAGGCACUAGAUUCCAUCCCCAGCACCACAGCAAACAUUGUUUAAAUGCAAGUUUCAUCUUAAAAACUAAGUGUAAGUAACAGGGACAUAAAAACAGAAUUUAUGAACAUACACGUGCACCCUGGGAUUAUUUAAAAAUGGAGUUUAACUAAACUAUUUAACUGAAGUAUUUUUAUAUAAGCAAACUGGAAGUAGAGUGAUGAGAGUGAUGCUCGGUGGAGAGUGCUUGCCCAGCGUGCCCAAAGCCCUGGGUUUGAGUUUCAGAGUGGGGGGCAGGGGGACGGCUAAGAUGCUUCCUGUGAUGACUCUAAAAAUAAAUACAUACACAAGAAACGAAAGCUGCGAGAGAAACAAAAUUAAUGAAAGAUCCACAGUAAAAGCCGUGCAGUACUACAUGAAGAACUGACAGGUGGAAAGUCCUGUCAGAAACUUUCUAGUUAAAUCUGCUAUCAUUUGAUGCUGUGCUAAAACAUUCUCUACAAUCCAGCUGGGUGUGGUGGAACACACCUUGUAAUCCCAGCCCUUGGGCAGGGGGCAGCUUUGUCUAUAGCAAGAUCCUGUUUCAAAAAGAAAAAAAAAUCUGGAUUUCAUUUCACUCUGUGGAAGCCAGCUCUGUCUCAACCUCAUUUUCUAAGAGGAUGAAAAAAAAAAAAAAGACUUGACCUGGUUUCCUGGGAAUUAGAUGUGUACCCGAGUUCUUUCUCUGACCCUGGAAGAACAGAGUUACACGUCAAGGAGCUUCAGGAUGGGGGACUCUUGGCCAGGACAAGGCUAGUCCACCCAGGCCUCCACUCCAGCCCUGCAGAGAUCUGAUGCUGAGACGGAGCAUGUCUGAUGCACCAUGGCUGUGGAGCCUUUUGAAGGGCAGGUCGACACCUGCCAAGAAUUUAGUGAAAAUACUAAUUGGCUCAAAUCUCUGAGACAGAGGUUCCCAGGCCUAUGUGAUACCAGGAGGGUGUGGCUUUAUGCAAAAACCUGCUCUACCAGCUCUAGACAUGCUUGACUCUUUUUCUUUAAGGCCUUGACUGCUGGCAGAAUUAGAAAUCUUUCCUUGAAAAUGGUUAUUUUAAUCCUGUAUUCAUCACUUGCAAUACAGGGAUAACCCAGUUAAAGCAAAGGGACCCAGGCCUGGGGUGGAGAGAGUAUUGCUCCACCAUCACAUAGAAUUAGCCUUUUUAGUUUAUCUUUUGUGAAAUUGAGCCUCACUGGCUUUGGAGAGUAGUCAGGGUUAUAGGGUAACAUGCACAUUAACAAAGACAAAGCAUACCCCCAAAACCACUAGAGGAAACUGAAGUUUCCUAGAGUCAGGGCCUUGGGUGGGGUCUUCAGAAUGCAGACUCCACUGUAAACUACAGGUACUGGGUAAGUACCCAGGACAUGAGCUGACCUGACCCUAGGCCUCCUGGGCUAAGAUCCCAGACCCCAGUCUCCUGAGUUGUCUGUGAUAACUUUGUUCAGCUUUAACUACUUAACUAUUGGAUGAUAUGUGUUGCUAAUGAUGUGAUUUGUUUCUCUUUGGCUGUGAAUUUGGUGACAAGUCCCAGUUUUCCAUUCAUGUUUUGGUUAAACAAGGCGCUUUGUAGACACUCCUCAGCUUUGGUCCUCCGGUAAGUGUCCUCUGAGGAUGAAGCUGUGGGCUCUUUGUAACUGUGAAAUCUAUACCUGAACUCCUGGGUUGGCGCAUGCAGCUGCCUACUAUAAAUACCUGAACCACAGAAAAGCACAUUGUACUCGUGUUCUUCUGGGUAUUAAAGACAUUCAACCACACAGUGAUUCCAUGAAAAGUGCUAAAACUGGAGAAUGUGCUCUGGUUAGCACGAUGGACCCUGUCUGUAACAGGGUCCUUCCCAGCUCUGCAUGGCCUUCCCUUUUAAGAUAGGGCACACAAUAUGGAAUGCACAUCCCUGUUGCUACUUUCUGUGAUCUGACAUUCCAGCUACCAAUGAUGAAGUUAAGAUUAAAUAAUGAUGAUAAAAAGUCUGUGGCUAAAACUCUUCCUUUCUCCCGUAGGACGAGGGCAAGGGAUAGGCCUGGAAGCCCAGCUGUUCUCAGGCAGGGACUCUGUGCCAAAGGGAACAGCCUCCCUUUCUCCCCUGUCAUCUCAUUACCAUUCUGUGAUUGUAAUUUUCCAUCUCCUUCCGGUCAUUUCAUCGGUAAAGUUCAAGAUUAUGCAAGCUCUUCACUAAGUUAAGAAAAUCUAGACAGGGAGUGGGUAGCUGUGUUAGGAAAGGAGCCAAGAGCACCUAAUUAUUUAUUUAUUUGGUUUUUAGAGACAGGGUGUCUCUGUGUAACAGCCCUGAC